AUGUCCCUAAGGGGCGGGUUCGACGUCUGGGCGAGCGAUGAUGUUGAAGAGGAUGAGCCCCCAGUCAAGGCAAAGCCGCUCAAGACGAAGGAUGUUCGAAUGGCUGCCCGAGAGGCAGCGGCGGCGGCAGCAGCUUUCAAGAGCGUGAAGGAGAAGAGUGGUGCAGUCGCAGGGCAAACUGGCGCUGCUGCCUCUGAGGAAGAAGUCUCGGAGGCUGAAGAAAAGGCUGGGUCUGCUGCAAAGGAUCUCAAGGAUAUUCGCAUGGGGAAGGAGGAAGAGGAAGAGGAGAAGGAGAAGAAGAAGGAGGAGGAGGAGAAUUUGCUUGAAUUUGUGGAGAGCACGAAGCAGGAAAUCACACAGGAGAUCGACGACUUCUUGACGGAUCCCGAGUCGGAUGAGUUCGACGAAACGGACGAGGUCAAAUUUGACUUGGACGAGGCUACCAUGAGGAAGAACAUGCAGCAAUCAGGCCUGCAGGGCGACAAUGGGGAUCAACCGUUUGUCCCCAACCUCUACUGGUACAAGGACGUCCCGUACGAAGAUGAUGAAAAGAAGAGGAGAAGCAAGAAGCAGGACAAGGGAGACUCGGACACCGAAGAAGAUCCUCAAGAUGGCGUUGUCAAAGAGACUCCGCAAGGCGGUCAGAAAGCAACACGGGAGGAACCACCAGCAAAGGGGAAGAACGAAGGCGCAAAAUCACAAAAACAGGAGAAGGCCGUUCCUGCAAGAGAGUUGGACUCGCACUACCGCUACAAGAUGCCAGCGCUGGAAAUCAAGAUAGAGGGAGCAACGAAGAUGAUCAAGACCGUCCUGUUGAACUUGGACAUCAUCGCAAGAGCCAUUGGACGUCCUCCCUUCUCCAUGUCGCAGAUUGACAAGAAGGAUGGGGGAACAGGACGCGCCUGGAUCAGCGGGAAGCACCUCCAGUCCGACCUGCAGCUCAUGAUCUUUAGAUUCAUCCGGGAGACGGUGUUGUGUCGGCGAUGUUCCAAUCCAGAGACCCUCGUCAAGGUGGGGGGUCAGAAGAAGAAGAAGACCGUCUCCCUGGACUGCCAUUCCUGCGGUCACUUGACAGAGAUGCACAUGACUCAGAAAUUCGUCAAGUGGAUGGCGCUGCAUCCUCCGUCCGCACAGGAGAUGGCAGGGAUGGUCAGACUUGGAGUGAACAAAGGUUUCACAGCUCUGAAAGCAUGGAAGUUGUCUGAAGCGCACAGGCUGAAGAAACUAGUCAAGGACGGGAAGAUAACAGCCAAUCAGUACCAGGAGAAGAAAGAAGAGACUGUAGCUCUGUACGAGAGCAGGAAGAAGGACGCGAUGAAAAAGAUAUCGAGGAGGAACAAAUAG